AUGUCGCUGAACGACGUGCUUCCUGGAGCACGCAGAAACUUUGUGUUCAAGAAUUGGGCUCGCAUUUACUCUGCCAAGCCUCAGUUGUACUUUCAGCCCUCGAGUGUGGAAGAGGUGGUCGAGGUCGUAAAUGCUGCAAGAAAGGAAAAGAAGACUAUAGUCACUGUAGGUUCUGGUCACUCACCAAGUGAUAUGUGUAUCACCAAUGACUGGCUGAUGAAUCUUGAUAAGCUGCAAAAUGUUCAUGAAUUGAAAGAAAACCAUGAACAGCAUUACGCAGAUGUCACCGUCGAUGCAGGGUUGCGCAUUUACAAAUUGAACGAUUAUCUCUCACAACACGGAUACACAAUCCAAAACUUGGGCUCUAUCUCUGAGCAAAGUGUUGGUGGUAUCAUUUCUACAGGUACUCAUGGAUCUUCUCCAUAUCAAGGUCUUGUUUCCUCUCAGUAUGUGAAUUUAACCAUUGUCAAUGGUAAGGGUGAAGUGGUGUUCUUAGAUUCUGAACAUCAUCCUGAAGUAUUCAGAGCUGCAAUGCUAUCUUUGGGAAAAAUUGGUAUAAUCGUUCGUGCUACUAUUCGCGCCAUUCCUGUCUACAAGAUCAAAUCAACUCAAGAGGUUAUCAAUUUUGAAACUUUAUUAGAAAAGUGGGACACGAUUUGGACAUCCAGUGAGUUCAUCAGAUGCUGGUGGUAUCCAUACACCAGAAAAUGUAUUCUUUGGAGAGGAAUCAAGACAGAAGAGCCGGUAUCUGCACCAAGAAAAUCCUGGUGGGGCACAACCUUCGGCCGUCUAUUUUACGAGACUCUUUUAUGGAUAUCUGUUAAUGUUUGUCCGGCUUUCACGCCUUACGUUGAAAAAUUCGUUUUCCACAGACAAUACGGUAGAGUUGAAACAUACGGAAGCGGUGAUGUUGCGGUACAAAAUUCCAUCGACGGUUUGAAUAUGGAUUGUUUGUUUUCUCAAUUUGUUGAUGAAUGGGGUUGUCCACUUCUCAAUGGGCCCGAAGUUUUACGCUCCUUAGACCACUCUAUCGCACAAGCUGCACAAAGUAGAGAGUUUUUUGUCCAUGUUCCAAUCGAAGUGCGUUGUUCAAAUACAACUCUUCCUCCAGAACCCCUCGACUAUAGUGAUAGAACACCAACCAGUGCUGGACCAGUCUUUGGCAACAUAUUGCGUCCUUAUCUAGACUCCACUCCUCGCCAAUUGAGAUACGUUCCUCUAUCUGAUGUGACUAACAGUCAAUUGACUCUUUACAUCAAUGCUACAAUUUACAGACCCUUCGGUUGUAACACACCUAUUCACAAGUGGUUCACUUUGUUUGAAGAAACAAUGGGGGCCGCUGGAGGUAAACCUCACUGGGCAAAGAACUUUUUGGGUUCCACUAAUAUGGCUGCAGGGCCAGUGAAGCCAGAAGAUAAAUAUCAAGAUUUUGAGAUGAGAGGUAUGGCUACUAAGAUAAAGGAAUGGUACGGUGAAGAUUUGGUCAAAUUCCAAGAAAUCAGAAGACAACAGGAUCCUGAAAAUGUCUUUUUGGCCAACAAAGCUUGGGCCAUUCGUAACGGUAUUGUCGACAUUGACGAAGCCUGA